UAAAUUGCAGUUUGUCAUCGCCUUCGAUUUUGAGAGAUUGUUUAUUUUUUUUUGUUCUUCUGUUGUCGUUUUGCUCUUCAGGUGUGCAGUGUGCGGCGUUCGAUUUCCAUGGCCUGAGGUUGCAGGUGCACCGGCCGGUUCGCAUGGACACCGCGAAGCUCAAGGCGGCGUUCGUCAGGCCUGCCAUGGAGCGCCGCCGCCUGUGGCCGCUGCUCCUAAUGUCCAUCUCUCUCGUCCUGCUCUCCGUCGCCGCUUCCACCCUCGGCCUCCUCCCCUAUUUCCGCACCGUCUUCUACCUUCCGUCGCCGCCGCAGGCGGCGGAGCCUGCGGGGCUGCGGGUCCCGCGAUUGGCCUACCUGGUCUCGGGAUCGAACGGCGACUUGGAACGGCUGUGGCGCGCGCUGUGGGCGCUGUACCACCCGCGUAACCUCUACGUCGUCCACUUGGACCGGGAGGCGCCGGCGGGCGAGCAGCAGGCGCUGGCGGCGCGCGUCGCCAACGACAGCCUCUUCGCGGCCGUCGGAAACGUGAUAGUGAUCGAGAAGGCCAACAUGGUCACCUACCGAGGCCCGACGAUGGUGGCCAACACCCUCCACGCCUGCGCUCUGCUUCUGAAACAGAGCAACGACUGGGACUGGUUCAUCAAUCUCAGCGCCUCCGAUUAUCCUCUCGUCACGCAAGAUGAUUUACUGCACGCUUUUUCAACCCUGCCGAGGAACAUAAGCUUCGUGGAACACACCAGCCAAUUGGCGUGGAAAGAAGAACAGAGAGCGAAGCCGGUGAUCGUCGACCCCGGAUUGUAUCUGAACAAGAAGACCGACGUGUUUUGGGCGUCGCAGAAGAGAGAUUUGCCCACCGCGUUCAAGUUGUUCACAGGCUCUGCGUGGGUGGCGCUGUCGCGCGAGUUCGUGGAGUUCACCGUGUGGGGGUGGGACAAUCUCCCCCGGAUCCUGCUCAUGUACUACACAAACUUCGUCUCGUCGCCGGAGGGCUACUUCCAGACGGCGAUCUGCAAUGCGCCGGAGUUCGCCGGCACGGUGGCGAACCACGACCUGCAUUACAUCCGGUGGGAUGUGCCGCCGAAGCAGCACCCACACCUGCUGACGGUGGAGGACAUGCCGAGCAUGGUGGGGAGCAACGCACCGUUCGCGCGCAAGUUCCCGCGCGAUGACCCCGUGCUCGAUCGAAUCGACGAGGAACUCCUCGGGCGGAGAAACGGGAACUUGGUCGUCCCCGGCGGGUGGUGCGCGGGGGAUCCGCCGUGCUCCGAGGUCGGCGACGCGGCGGCGCUCCGGCCAGGAAAGGGGGCGGAGAGGGUGGCGCAGCUGAUGGAUGCGAUCGUCAGGUCCAAGAAGUUUGCGCAAAGCCAAUGUAGAUAGCAGUCGUCAAAUCCUCCAUGAAUUCUGCUACUUGAGCUAGCGUCUCAUAUUUAAAGAAUGUCAAUUCACAUUACGAUUAGUGAAGACAAUCAAAGUUGGAAGGAUUUUAAUGUUAUUA